CAGUAACCAGGUUAACCUGGAGGCAGCAGCUCAGUGUGUUGUGACUCACUCAGGGAGGUGCAUGUGUCUCGUAAUUCUCCUGGAAGGUUCAGGAAGGGCUGUUGGUCCCAGCAGUAGGAGCUACCCUCCACUUAAUUGGAUCACAUUUGUUAUAGGUUUGUUCAAGUUUUCUGGGAUGACCCACCGAGGCAGCAUCAGGCAGAGCUACGGUGGUGUGGGUAGGAACCUUGGUGACGCCCUCGCACGCCUACACUGCCGCCCCUUCCUCAUCUCUGCUGUGGGCGCCGACAUCCACGCCCGCUCCCUCAUCGCCCAUAACCCCCUGCUGGAUAGUCAAGGCCUGGCGGUGGUGGGUGAAGCCUCUACAGCUGUGUAUUGUGUGAUGUUGGACCAGCGAGGAGAAGCACUCUUCGGUGUAGGAGACAUGAGCAUCCACGACUACCUCACCCCUGCCCAUGUGGGACAAUUUGAAGGAGAGAUAAGUGCAUCUCCCCUGGUGGUAAUGGACGGUAACCUGCCUCAACCUACCAUUAACUACGUACUCGACCUCUGUGCCUCGUGUCGUGUCCCAGUAUGGUAUGAACCAACAGACAUCCAGAAGGCAACAAAACCAUGGAUGGAUGGAAGAGGCCAGAAGGUUACAUUUGCCUCACCCAAUCUAAAUGAACUUCGUUCUAUAUGCUCACACCUCAGCCUCGGAGAGGUGAGAUCAAUGCCCAGCAGAGCAGAGGAACUGCCAGAGCUGCUGAUACAACUGCUCACCACAACACAGCCACUACUGCGCACCAUGAAGGCUCUUAUGGUUACACUAGGCGCUAGUGGCUUUGUGAUUGUGAGGCGCGCAUCUCUUGAUGGUAUAGAUGAACCAUUACUACCUGUGUCACCUGGUCUGCAAGUGUCAGACAGAAGUGCCACACUGACUGCUGAAGAUGUAGUCGCUCUACACUUCCCAGCACCACAAACUGCACACAUAGUGUCAGUGUCUGGAGCAGGUGACUGUGUCGAAAGCUUUCUCCACAUCUUUAACAACCAGGACUGUCGAACAUCCUUGAGUCUUAUUGAUGUUAAUGUAGUUCAGAAUGAUGCUGAGGGCUGCUUGCCUCGAGCUGUGUUGGCUGAAGCCAGACUAUCGGUUAGUAAGGAGGUGGUUUAUCUCAAGAUGAGUCCUUAG